AUGAGGCGACCCAGCUUCUUGGGGCCAGGCCCGGACACGGACAGCGAGGGCCCCGACGAGGCCUUCCGCAGGGACGGCUUCGACGCGCCCAGGCCGCCGCCGGCCGCACCGAGCAGCAGCGUCAGCGGCAGGCUGGGCGAGGCGGCGCUGCGGGGAGGCGAAGCGAUCAUAGCGGCAGGCGUCGCAGGAGUCGGACAGGCCGUGGAGCGCUUCGGCUUCCGCAACGCCGAGCGAACCGCUGCAGAAGGCGGCGAGCCCCUGGAGGCGGGCACUCAGACGGCCGAAGCAGGAGUCGCAGAGGCGGCGGGCGGCGGCGUCCUGGAAGGGCUGGCGGCGGCGGGCGGGGCAGCUGCAGAGGGCGCGGGCGCAGCAGCAGCAGCAGCCUUCCCGAUCGCCGAGGGGCUGGGCGUGGCAGCAGGCGUGGCCACGGGAGGCGCGGCAGCUCUCGCAGGCGGCGCCGCUUACGGCCUGUACCGAGGAGGGCGCUGGCUGAACGGCGGAGACGCUGCCUCGAGCUCAGGCGGCGAGUUCCAAGAUUUGCGAACACUGAACGGCGUGCAGCAGGGCACGCCGCAGGAGCGCUUCAGCGUGCGCCAGCCUCGAGUGCAGCAGCCCAUGGUCUCGCGCCUGAACAGCAGCGAGGACGAUGCGCCCAUGGCUUCAGGUUUGAACCUAGUGGCUCAGACGAGCAGCGGCAGCGAGAGCUACGGCCCCGUUCGGAGGCCGCGCCCGCAGCGGGUCGAGCCGUCCUUCAACGAACUGCGGCGGGAGGCGCUGGCCCGCGAGCCCGAAGUUACCAACGCCGUCAACGAUGAACUUAUCAGUUCUCUUGAUUUCAAGAUGCGCACCUCGAACGCGUCCUACGUGAUAGCUCGAAAAGACGUACAGUUCUUUCCAAGCAGCCUCAGCACCUUCACGCCCACCAGCAGCAGGGUGGCACGCAUCCCUCUGACGACAGGCGGCGACUUUUUGGACCCCGACAGCAUCAAGAUAGCUUUCCGCUUCGUCAACAACGACGCCACGAACGACUUCAACCCCAUCAUGGGGCACCCA